AUGAUAAAAUCAGCAUUGACUGAUGGAGAAAUGAAUUUUGAUUAUAAUGAAUUAAGUAAAAAUAAUGCAAAUUAGGAAUGCCUUGAUUUGCUUGAGAAAUUAUCUAAGAAAGUAAUAACUAGUUAGCAAGACAAGGUAAUUCUACCCAAACUUGAGGAAAUCCAAGAGGAAUUAAAAGAAUUGCGCCACUGGAGAAACAAUCAAUAACCUGCAUUGCUGAGUACAUCUUAGUUGAAGUCUAACAAAAAUAUCACCUCAAACCUCAAAGAAUUUAGAUGCCAUUGCAAUGAGAUAACUCAAGUCUUUCACUUUUUAGUAUGGAUAGUAUCAACGAGAAACAAGCAAUAGUGCUAAUUUACUCAUUAUUCACAGAAGGAAGAAUAAGGCAGAAUUCUUGGACAAAAUCAAUAAUAGCUAAUUGCACACAAAAAUAAUAAUAAUAAUACCUCAUGGUUUGAAAUAAAAGAAGAUAAAUCAAAAAGAUAAAGAUUUGUGAAUAAAAAAGUGAAGAGCUAAUCAUCAAGGCAAGAAUAACUUCUCAAGAUAUCAAAACUCUUAAAUGAUAGUGAUAAUAGCUCAGAAGAUAUGAUAAAUUUAGAUAGAGAUGAUGACUAAUUUAAUAACGAAUAAUUGAAAUAACAAAAUACACACUUAAUAGAGUAAUAACCUUAUUACAGUAAUUCAGAUAUCAUAUUGCAUAACUUUUAAUUAGAAAAGCUAAAUAUCUCAGCAAAUUAAAACAUGAAAGCAGAUAAUUCCCUUGAUUAAUCUUAUAUUAGUGAGAUAAGUAUAUGGGAAAAUGAAUCAAGGAAAGUUACAAAUCCUUCAACAAAUUAAAAGAUAGAUUAUAACUGGUUUGAAGAUGCUCCAGAGCAAACAUUUUUAAAUCAAGAUGGAAAUCUUUUACCUGAAAAUAAUCAUGAUGAUAAGAACUAAUAAUUACUUGAUGCUUCAUCUAAUUUAAAAAUAAAUAAUUAUCAUUCGAUUAAAAAUUUGUAAAUAUAAAAUUUCUCAAACCUAUCCCUAAAAAAGUUAGAUGAAGAAGUUAAAAGAUAAGAUUUUACAAACUAAAAGCAAACUCAUUCUAAAGAAUCAUUUCAAAAGAGAAUAUACUUAGAAUAUUAAUAAUAAGAUCAAUUUAUAGAAAAUGACCUGGAAUCAAGCUAAAACUUUUUCUCUGACUCUUCUUAAUUACAUUAGUCUAUACCAGAACUUGAAGAAUUUUAAGUCGGCUCAAUAAAUAAUCUAAUAAAUUCAAAAUUAUAAAUGGUCUAACCAAGAGAGUAUUCAACAUAACAGGUAAUAAAAAUCACAGAUGAAAGUGAAGAUCUAGAUUAAUUAUCAAUCAGAGAAAAAAUAGAGUAUAAUGCUGCUAUGGAGGAAUAAGUUAUUUAAAAUCUCAACUCUCAGAGAAUUACUGGAUUUGAUGUUUCUUUUAAGCCUAUGCCAAUUAAUGCAUAAAAUUUUGUAGCGCCUAAGAAAAAAAAGAAGGUUAAAAAAUUAAAAAGGAAACCCUCUGAAAAACAGACUCCUUAAUCUACGCUUUAGUAAAGUAUAAACGAUAUUGAUUAUUGA